AUGGAGACGAUAUACUACAUCAUUCUCGCUCUUAUCGCCGUCUUCGUGAUCGGCCCGGCCCUCUUCGCAGACCGCUCGCCCAUCCCCGAGACGUCCGAGAAGGUCCACAAGAUCACCGACGCCGCGGAGCUGGACGCCCUGCUCGCCUCGACGAGCCGCGUCGUCGUCGACUUUUACGCCGACUGGUGCCCGCCCUGCCGCGCCAUCGCGCCCGUCUUCUCCCAGCUGGCCGAGGCCCACGCCGCCAAGGGCCGGCUGGCCUUCGCCAAGGUCAACGUCGACCACGUCGGCGGCGCGGCCCAGCGCUACGGCGUCUCGGCCAUGCCGACGUUCAUGUUCUUCCGGGACGGCCGGCCCGCGGGCGUGGCGGCGGAGGGGCUCAAGGGGAGGCAGUCUGUGGGUGUCGACGCCGAGGGGCGGGUGGACAAGGUGCGCGGGGCGGACCGCGCGGCGCUCGAAGCUGUGGUCCGGGCCAUGGCGGGUGAGAAGUAG